AUGAGUACAAAAAGAAAACCAACAACCCUCACCUACGCUGAUAAAUUAGAAGCUAUAGAAGCAGUGAAAAAUGGAUUGAAAAGGAAAGAAGUUGCGGCUCAGUUUGGAAUACAUGAAAGUACAUUGUCUAUCAUCAUUAAAAAAGAAGCUGAAAUCUUGAAGAAACAAGAAUCAGGAGAAAGUCUUCAAUGUAAAAGACAAAAAAUUGCCGAAUUCCCUAAUUUAGAACAAUGUUUGUUUACGUGGUUCAAACAGUGUCGAAACGAAAACAUCAGUGUUAGUGGACCCAUACUGAAAGAAAAAGCUGAAGCGUUCGCUAAUUCUCUGAAAAUCAAAAAUUUUAAAGCCAGCAAUGGCUGGUUACAGAAUUUUAAGAAACGGCAUGAUUUAGCCUUUAACAAAAUAUGCGGCGAAAGUGCGAGUGUUAGCAAAUCAAGCCAAGAAUGGAAAUCUGAAUUACAUAAUGUAGUGAAUGAUUAUGAUCCCAAUGAUGUUUUUAACGCUGAUGAAACGGGUCUAUUCUUCAAAUGUCUUCCCGACAAAACAUUAACAUUCAAAAAUGAAAAAUGUCAUGGAGGAAAGCACAGCAAAGAACGACUUACGAUUCUGUUUUGUGCAAAUUCUACAGGCACAGAAAAACUGAAACCUUUAAUUAUAGGCAAGUCAAAAAAACCUCGGUGUUUUGCAGGCCUAAAAUCACUACCCAUGGAUUAUGAAGCCAAUAAAAAAGCAUGGAUGACAGCCGAUCUUUUUAAAAAAUGGCUGAUUAACAUAGAUAAGCAAAUGGUAACUUCAAAUAGAAAAAUUAUCCUAUUUAUCGACAACUGCACAGCACAUGGGGACAUACCACCAUUAAAGGCAGUCAAAGUCCAAUUUCUUCCACCAAACACAACAUCACAACUUCAACCUUUGGAUCAGGGAAUAAUUAAAAAAUUUAAAACAUUAUACAGAAAAGAAGUUGUUAGAAAAAUGAUAGCUGAUAUGGAGCAAAAUACGAUUUCUUCAUCAAUGUUCUUCAAGCAAUGA